AUGGGUGGAAGUAAUAUCACAAUAAGACUUAGAGAAAUUGCAAUCUCAAGGUGAGUUUAAGUUGAUAAAAAAUGAAUAUGAUUUUACAUCUGGUAAGAGUGAUACAAACUUAAUUGAUAAGGAAUUAGUAGUUAAAAAUUAGGUAACAAUUAGAUUGUAUAUAAUUGAUUGUUCAAAUUUACCACCAAAAGAUUAAGAUUCAAUGUCUGAUCCCUAUUUAAAAAUAAGAUUGGGUAAGGAAUAGAUAGAUGAUGUGGCAAAUAGAAUUACAGAUAAUUGUAAUCCCUAAUAUUACAAAAGAUAUGAUAUUACAACAGAAUUACCAGGAGCAUCUGAAUUAAUAAUUCAAGUGUGGGACUACGAUGACUUUAUGCCUGAUGAUUUGAUAGGAUAAACAAUAAUUGAUAUUGAAGAAAGAUUUUUUUAAUCUAGAUUUAGAUAAUUGAAACAAAUACCUAUAGAAACUCGUCAAUUGAUACAUCCAAGUUCGUCAAUUUCAUAGGGAUAAAUUCGUUUAUUUAUGGAAAUAAUACCUUCUAAAUAAACAUCAAUUCUUAAGAAUCCAUGGUUUAUUGAAUAAAAACCAAAAGUUAAACAUUUGAUUAGAUGUGUUGUGUGGGAUGUGUUAGAUGUACCAUCACAUGACGAUGAAGGAUCCUCAGAUUUGUAUGUUAUUGGAUUUGUUGAUUAAAAUUAGAAAUAAAAAACAGAUACUCAUUUUCGUAGUUUCAAUGGAAAAGGUUCAUUUAAUUGGAGAAUGGUGUUUCCUAUAGAAUUACCUCAGCAAUAAUAAACUGUUCUAACAUUUUAAAUUUUUGAUAAGGAUAUAUUUACUUCAGAUGAUUUCAUUUCUGAUUGUUCAAUAGACAUUACAGAUUUAUGUAGAAGAGCCUUUGAAAAUGAAAUCAAUGUAAAGAUGUAUUCAUAAACAGAACCACCUUCUGAUGGAAUUCUUAAGUAAAAUACUAUUAUAAAAUAAACAAAUAAUGGGAUAUUAUAUGAGAAGAAUGUGAUUCAAACAAUAAAUACUGAAAAGGCUGGAUAUAAGAGUAAUCAAUAGAAUGGAAAACUAGUAGUUUCUAUUGAGAUAGUGUCGGAAUAGUUUCAGAAGAAGAAUCCAGUAGGUUUAGGAAGAUCAUAACCUAAUCAUUCUCCAGUUUGUCCUGAACCUACAGGUCGAAUAGAAUGGACUUGGAAUCCAAUUAAAAUGCUAGUAAUGAUAUCAUUAUUAUAAUUAGAGUUAAUUAUUAGGACCAAAAGCAAUUAAAUACUUGUUAUUGGCUAUUUGUAUUAUGUUUGCUGGAUAUAUGUUGGUUAUGCUAUUUCCAGUAAUUACUGGUAAUUUGAUGACUAGAAUAUUUACAGGUUGA